UCCUCCCCAUUUCCCUCCACCACCACCAACCCCCAUCUCUCUCUCUCUUGUUCUCUUCCUUUCUCUCUCUAGGUUCGUAAUUUAUUUUGUAGUUUAGGUACUAAAAUGGGUGUUUUGAGUGUGGUCUGCAUUGCCUCCCUUAUCUCACUAUUGUCACUAGUUGAAGCUAGAAUCCCUGGGGUCUACACUGGUGGAGCUUGGCAAGGCGCUCAUGCUACUUUCUAUGGAGGCAGUGAUGCCUCCGGUACCAUGGGUGGAGCUUGUGGGUACGGCAACCUCUACAGCCAGGGGUACGGCGUGAACACGGCGGCGCUGAGCACGGCGCUCUUCAACAAUGGGCAGAGCUGCGGUGCAUGUUUUGAGCUCAAGUGUGCUAAUGACCCUAGCUGGUGCCACUCCGGCAGCCCAUCCAUCUUCAUCACGGCCACUAACUUCUGCCCUCCAAACUUCGCCCAGCCCAGCGACAAUGGUGGCUGGUGCAACCCUCCUCGCCCCCACUUCGACCUCGCCAUGCCCAUGUUCCUCAAGAUCGCCGAGUACCGUGCCGGUAUUGUUCCUGUCGCCUUCCGCCGGGUGCCAUGCCGAAAGCGAGGAGGAAUCAGGUUCACAAUCAACGGCUUCCGUUACUUCAACCUUGUUCUUAUCAGCAACGUCGCGGGUGCAGGUGAUAUCGUGAGGGCUAGCGUCAAAGGCUCCAAAACCGGUUGGAUGACCCUGAGCCGUAACUGGGGUCAAAACUGGCAAUCCAACGCCGUUCUGGUCGGACAGUCCCUCUCGUUCCGAGUCACCGGUAGCGAUAGGCGCACCUCAACCUCGUGGAACAUCGUCCCAGCCAAUUGGCAAUUCGGUCAAACCUUCACCGGAAAGAACUUCAGGGUCUGAAAUGUCAACCUUACCCUUCUUCCCGCCAUUUUUUCCCUUUUUUUUUUAAUUUAUAUUUACUUUGUUUAGUUUGUUUUGGGGUAAUGUGAGAGUUGGUAAAAAAAAAAAAAAAUGGAGGAGAGAGAGAGAGUAUACUUUUUGACUAUUUGGUAAAAGGUAAAGGGCUGGGGACUUAGGGUUUGUUUGGUGUGACUGAGUGGGAAUUUUGUGAGAGGAAUUGUAGGUAAGAGGGAGGAGGCUGAGGCGGCGGCAGAAAGUUGUAAGCCCGCAGCUUUUGAAUUAAGACACCAUAUGGUAUAAGGUUUAUAUGUAAUAUUGUGACAAUAUUUGACUAUAUUGUAGUGAUUUAUAGUAUGAAUUAUGAAACUUAUGGUUUGUUUUUAA